AUGGUGCACUCAACUUGCGAUAACCAUUCUGUGCUAAACUCACCGUGUCGUGAAUUUUUGCUUACUUUUUUAUCGCACUCUGCUAAAGACGUUCGUCUCCGAGCUAGCCGAGUUAUUUUGUAUUUUGCUCAAACACCAGACAAGACUAUUUGUAUUCAAAACAUAACUGUUCUUUCCGAACAGGUUUUGAGAUUAGCAAGAACACAUACAUCUCCGACAUUUGGGGACUCAUUUAUCACACUAUGCGGAUACAUUUCUAAAAGCAAGUAUGCUUUUGAAUCUGAAUGCCAAGUCACCCUCCUCACUCUUCUAGUAGAAUACCUUGGAAACCCAAAUUUGUUUUUGCGAUCCAAAGCUUAUGUAGAGAUUUGUGAUGUAGCCAAAAGUCACCAAUUGACUUUGACAGAACUGUUGCAAGAGAAUUUGGAAGGAUGGAGUCAGUUUGCUGUGGCUAAUUUAAAAACCAACCCCAUCAUUUCAAAACUCUUGGCUCAGUUAAAUGGUGUUACACUUGGCCAGUUCUUAUCUGCGACUUUAUCCUACACAUUGCCUCCUCUCAUCUUAAACGAGGACUUGCCGCUGAUCCAAACUAUUGCAUCAAUCAUCAAACGCAAGCAUCAGGCUAUUAUUAUCGAGUCGUGUGGUGAUAUUAUUGCAUAUCUGUUGAUGCACUAUCAACCGGGAGAUAAGAAUAUACUUGAGCGAUUCAAUGCCAUGUCUACAAACCAAAUCACCUCGAUUCAUCAGCUUUUGUUUUCGUGUCGUCUAACAUUGAUUACAAAUCUCACCAUGGAGUUGGGAAAUACUGACGAAUCGCUUCGUAUACAGGUAAUAUUGUUAAAACCAAAUCAUGCACUGAUUUCAUCUGUCCUGUAUCCAGAUUUAAACACUGGUGCUACAUCAGAGCCUACAUCUGGAUUCAUGACGACAUUUAUUUUGGCUAUUAUAUUGAAAAUCAACGAAAUCAUUAUUUCUGAAAAACGUCGACCACUUUCUUAUAAAACCAAAAGUUUGGCAAGUUUGUGCGAGCUAAUUCGACUGUGCGGACCUGCCAUUUCUUCUUUUGUACCUCAGGUUGUCGGUGUGCUGCAAUCUGCACUUGAGAGUACUAUUUUAUACACAGAAACAUUGCAUUGCUGGAAUAUGCUUUUUCGCCAGCUAAAUUCACAAGAACUAGCUAGUAUUUUUGGUCAAGCCGCAGUGAUUUUAUUGCAAAUCGAAUCUGCCUGUAGUACACCACAGCGUGAACUUAUGGUCAAUUUAUUUACAUUUGCGCUUAUCGAUUCAUCGCAUGGAGCAAGUCUUAUUGGAAAUCUUAUUGGAACAAUCCCGAAACGACAGGAAUGGACUCGUGUGUAUAAUCUUGUUCAAGAACACAGAAGUCAGACAGAUAUCUGGACACAAAUGUGGCUUGCAGCGUCGAGUCUUUCCAAUGAAAACGCCAUUGUUGUUCAGCAUGCACUUGAAAGACUAUUGAGUCUACUUUCUGAACACAGCCUAUCGAUUAAUGCAUCAAUUUUGGAUGAACGUACCAAUCCUCUGCUUCCUCAGAUCAUUCAACAAUUGUUUGAGACCUGUCGUAUCUACAACUCAUCUACCCCAAAUAUUUCCAGUUUGUGCUGCGAAUGCUUGGGAGUUAUUGGAGCACCUGAUCCCACUACCAUUAACGUAGUGCUUGAGGCUGAUGGUCAUUUUGGACCCAAGUGGGAUAUCGUAUCAAAGAACGACGCUAUUGUAUUUGUAUGUAGUUUGAUUGAAAAGCAACUGGCUCCAAGUUUUCGUGCAACUCAUAGUACAAAAAUACAAGGAUACUUGGCAUUCACAAUCCAAGAGCUUCUUACCUACUGUGGGUUUACUCCUGAUAAUCCUAAAGAGAUGGAGCAUCGAGACUACUUGCAACAGAGAUGGUCAAGAUUUCCCAAAUCAAUCAUAAAUACAAUUCAGCCACUUGUGGGUGCUAAAUACUCUGCUGUUCCACCUUUACUUCCGCCCUGUGUAUACCCAAUCUUUGCCAAGUGCACUGAUGUUCGUGAAUGGAUUGAAAUGUUUUCGUUGGACACGUUUAGUAAAAUGCAGCCCGACUAUUUACGCAUCGUGUUUCAAAUGUUCAGCAAUUUAAUCCACGAGGGUGAAAUAAAUUUGGCCCAGCUACUUCUUCCUCAUGCUGUGCUCAAUGUCUUGUUAUCCAAGCAUCGACUGAAUUCCAACGAUAUGCUAUGUGAGAUUCUAGCUGUGCUAAGGGACGAGUCUGUUCCUGUUCAGUCAGAAAAAUAUCGUUUAUGUGUUCAGGUGGUAUUCAAACUAAUUGAUCAUUUAACAAAAUGGAUUCGAUUGAAACGUAUUCAUUUGGCCAAGCAACGCAACUUGGUUGCGCGAAAAGCAAGAUCGGCAAUGAGCCUGAGCUUACUGGAAGAGUUGGAGUCGCAAAUUGCUAUUGUAGAGGAUUGGUUGGCUCAGAUCCCACAGGUUGUUACUGCUCAGGCAUCGCUCGGAUGUAACGCCUAUGCACGUGCAUUAAUGCAUUACGAGCAGCAUGUGAGAGUGAUUCGCAACUCGAGCGCGAUUGUAGAAAUGCAGUCGGCCUAUGCCGAGCUUCAGCGUAUUUACGCUCAGUUGGAAGAUCCAGACAGUCUACAAGGGAUUUCCACGUUGGUGUUGUCGCCUACACUUGAUCAGCAGAUUCUUACUCACGAAAAUGUUGGAAGAUGGGCCGACGCACAAACAUGCUACGAAUUAGCACUACAGAUUGAUCCAGAAAAUCAGGACUAUCAACUAGGCUUGCUACGGUGCUUACAGCACCUUGGCCAUUAUGAAACAUUACUAACGCAUAUUAACGGUAUAUUGGAGCGUAACCCAAAAGAUAUGCAUGCAUUACAUACUCAAGGGAUUGAAGCUGCUUGGCGUUUGGGCGAUUGGCCUUUAUUGGAGCGAUUUCUUUCCCUUCCACAUAAACCUGGGUUUCAAACCUACAUUGGACAGCUUCUUUUAUCGAUCAAUUCACGUCAGGACGACACCGUAGCAGAUCUGCUUUCUCAAGCUCGUGCGAGCAUGACGGCAUUUAUUGCUGCGGCAAGUAUGGAAUCUUAUCAACGUGGAUAUGAUUCGGUUCUUCAGCUUUCUAUGCUGAAUGAGCUUGAAACUAUGUAUUCAUUUAUAAAAAAUUCCAGCAAUGAUGCAAAUACCCAAAUGGUAGAUAUUUCAAAACUAUUUCAAUCCUGGGACAUGCGAUUGAAGAUUACCUUUCCAUCGUAUCGUCAACGUGAGCCUAUUUUGAGCCUUCGUCGGGUGCUGUUGAGUGAGUAUAUAUCAAAAGAAAACGGUCAGCUAUGGCUCCAAACAGCCAAAGAUGCACGUAAAGCAGGAUACUUUCAAACCGCAUACGGUGCAACCUUGCAUGCAAUGCAUUUUAAAGUUCCCCAAGUGAUUGUCGAACAAGCAAAGUUGCUAUGGACGUUUGGUCAGCGUCACCAAGCAAUUUGGGAGCUUGAAAGAGCAAGAGAGAAGGAUCAUACUGAUGGAGGUAGUUUAUCGAACCCCGUGAGUUUUCCUGGUGUGUCCCAGAGUCAAAUGCGUACCAUCAGCGCUGUAGGAAUCAAAGGCACUGUUCAAGAGAUUCAGCCAAACAACUAUUUGCGUGCCAAGGUAUAUCAUUAUAUCUGUAAUCGAAAUAUGCUUGCGUGUCGCGAUUAG